AUGAAAACCUAUCUGAGUUUAAUUCUGAUACUGAUGAUGGGAGCCACCACGGUUCUUAUCGGAGCCGAGACGAUGCCAAAGGUGACCACCACGGCGGCAACCACAACGGAGGGGCCACCGACGACUUCUACGGAAAGUAUGGAACGACGGGAUAAGCGGCAAUUGACCAACCAAGUGGGGAAUGGUGGAACGGGAACUACAGCUGGCACCACAUUUCCCAUUUUCUUUGAUGGCUUAAAUGUUGCCACACCGUUGCAGCCAUUGCAGCCAUUGCAACCGUUGCAACCGCUUCCACCAUUGCAAACGCUUCAACCUGUGCAGCCCAUCACAGUGGUCACUCCGGUGGCUGCCACUGCGAACACACAGAAUCAACAACCGCCGGGUUUUUUGCCAAAUUUUAGCCAGAAUCUACCAAUAUUUGGCACUCUGAUUAGCAAUUUGCCAGCCUUUCCCAAUCUGGUAAGCGGUUUGGGAUUAGGUUCUUUAGGCGGCGGUUUUGGCACCUUGGGCGGCCUCAAUUUGGGCAAUCUUGGUUUGGGUAAUCUUGGUAAUCUUGGCGGCAGCCCAGUGGCCAAUAUCCCAGCUCCCAUUGGUGGCGGCGGCGUCGGCGGCAAUCCCAUAGCCCAAUGUCCCAUUACCCAGAAGCUCAAUUGUCGUUGCGAGCCAUUGUUAUCAUUGCCAAUCGCGAUUAAGCCACAGACACAGGUACGCCGGCCGCAGACCCAAACACAAACGCCAACCCAAAUUAAUCUGGUGCAGAUUAUGAAACAGAACUCACGCCGCAAUGACGAUGGCUCACAGGAGUUGCGCUUCAUCAUCAGCAGUGGACAUGUAAUCUAUCAGAAGACAACAACAAGCACAUCGAAUGAUACAUUCCAGCAAAAGGGAUUCUAUUCAUUGCCCAUACAAACGGGACGUUAUUUCACCAUCUAUUACAGCAUCAAUGACACAGACUACACGGUCCGAGCAGAUGUCACUGCAUCGCCUCCAAAAACCAUUUUCGAUGAGGAAUUAACUGGACAGGUUUAG